AGGUGAGGGCUGCGCCCGGCUGGCCGCGGGUCUGCGGGGUACUGGCCGCCAUGAGGCACCUGCCGUACUUCUGCCGCGGGGAGGUGGUGAAGGGCUUCGGCAGGGGCUCCAAGGAGCUGGGCAUCCCCACCGCUAACUUUUCUGAGCAAGUAGUCGAAAGCUUUCCAUCUGAUAUCUCUACUGGUAUAUACUAUGGAUGGGCCUGUGUUGGAAAUGGAGAUGUGCAUAAAAUGGUUUUGAGCAUAGGAUGGAAUCCUUUCUAUAAGAAUAUUAAGAAAUCAGUGGAAACACAUAUUAUCCACACUUUCAAAGAUGACUUUUAUGGAGAGAUUCUUAGCAUAGUCAUUAUUGGAUAUAUUCGAUCAGAAAAGAACUUCAGUUCUUCAGAUGCACUCAUUUCGGCAAUUCAAGAAGACAUUGAAGAGGCAAAAAGACAGCUAGAUUUACCAGAACAUCUUAAACUCAAAGAAGACAACUUCUUUCAUCUGCCAGAAGGCAAACCCGUAAACCACUAAGCAAAACCAUGUGUGGUUUUUUUCAUGUUAUGGAGCUCUUUUCUUUGCAAUACUGUGUAUUGUGCAUCACUUCAUAUAUAUUGUAUGCAUGUGUCUGGCUGGGAUGGAGUUAAUUUUCUUCAGAGCAGCUCAUGUGGUGCUGUGUUUUAGAUUUGUGAUGAAAACAACGAACAUAACACACUAAUGUUUUAGCUAUUCCUGUACAGUUCUUGCACAGCAUCAAGCCCUUCUCUGUUUCUCGCUCCGCUCCCCCAGUGAAUAGGCUGAGGCUGUGCAAGAGGUUGUGAGGGGACACAACCAGACAGAUGACCUAAACUAACCAUGCCAUAUAAUGGUCGUGCCGAGCAAUAAAAUGGAGAGGAGGGGAUUUAGGGAGGUUGGCCAUCUUUUGUUUGGCAACUGACUGGUAUCUGUCUGCCCAUGGGAGGUGGUGAGUGAUUGCCUUUGCAUCACUUGUUUUGUUUUCUUUUUUAUUCUUACACUUCUUCUUUGCUUGGUAAUCUGUUUUUAUCUUGACCUACAAAUUUGAAAAAAUUCCAUUCUUUUUUCCUGUCGCACUGAAGGGGUAUGGGGGAAGUGAGCUAGGGGCUGCAUGGUACUUAGCUGUUUACCAGGGUUGUCCCGCAACAACACGUUUAGGUAAUUGUGGUUGGAACUGAACACUAAAACCACACAAGAUGGUUUAUGUUUGUGCUACUUGAUCAUUUAACCAGUCAUGCAAAAGGAGUAGAAGGCUAAUUUAGGUCUUUACGGAAAAGUUGUGAAUCUGAAUGUUACCAAUCAUUUAGAGAUCUUAGCACACGUGGAACAAGGCCAAAGUUAGUUGUGACCUCUUCUGCCCUUAAGGCGUGGACAGUUAAAUACUUCAAUGAAUGCUGUCAGUUUUUCAGGCAGAGAAUUCCAGACUCUUCACAAUUUUAUGUCAUUCUUAUAUCUGUAUUGUAGAGAGCAGCUUAGCAAAUUUUUAUAUUGAUCGAGUCAAAAAUCUACCUAUGGUGCAGGAAGCCAAUGAUUAGAUAACAGUAAUAAGUAUAAAUCACUAUAGUUCCUAUUUUUGAUAUGCUGUACUGCUGUUGUGGUUGUAGCUGUCAUUUUAACUGAAAUUAUUUAUUGCAAUUUUUAUUGAAAUAGAGGAAAUGACUGUUACUCGUUGAAUUACUGGGAUGUGAGAUAGAUAGAUACUUCUAUCCACCUGACUGUGCAUAUGGCAACGCAUAAGCUGUGUAGUUGCCUUCUGAGGAAGUGUUCACUGAAGUUGAGGGAGUGACUGACGGAGGAAGCUGGUACACUGCAGAAGUUCAGGCUGAAAGGGUGCAGAACUAGUCUAACAGUAUUUCUGCUCUGUGAGCCCUAAGGCAGAGGAGGUAACUAAAGGCAGCUGUAUUUUGGUUGCUGCUGCAGCUGCCUUAGAUGAGGAAAACUUCUGGCUUGUUCGCCAUACUGACAGCGAAAUGAAUGACUUCACGGUUGAAGUUAGAAUGUAAGGCACAGGAAAAACCUUUCAAGCCUCUGCACUAAGUGCAGGUAUGAUCCAAACUUAUGGCUGCAGAUUAGUGAAAGUCUUCGGGGAUUCUUGGAAUAAUAUAUCAACAUUUUAGUAGAUAUUGAGUAUUUAUUACAGGUUAUUUCAGUUUCCCACUCCUGUGGGAAAUGUUUGCACAGAUAAAAGGAAGGUGUAUUGUCAAAAUUGAUAGUAAUUUGUAAAAUAUUUGUUAAAAUUUUAUAGUCUGUAUGGGCAUAUAGUGUGUGUGCUUCCAAAUCUACUCCCCCCACCCCAGUAAAAUGUUAGUAAUUUCCUCCUUGUCCCGUCCCAUUCUGAUCCUACCUUUCACUCUGGCGUUUUGGAGAGCUGUGUCAAGGUAGCCUUACAGGAAUUCUCUGUGGCAGGUGCUGUCAGCCUGCCGGGGUUCUGGUUCAUAAUAUUUUAACUUGCAGCCAGUCUCAUGGGGUACUUGGGAAAAGGCGUUGAGCAAGUCAAGGAGUCCUUGUAGCUGUGCAGAGCUUCAGCCAAAACUUGAUUAUUCAGAUGAAAUACUCAUCAGGCUGAUGGCAAAGAUAGAAGGGAUAUACACCUCUCAAGGGAGGAAAGAAUGAUUUCUAUAAAAGUACAUAUUAGAAUAAGAAUUUUCACCUGUGUUGCUAAUGUUGUUUAUAAAUGUAAUUCUCCAAAGACACUGCCAGUUUUGUCCUAAAUGUUGCCUGGACAUUUUCGGCACAUUUUGGCCUUCCUAGUGGGAAAAUACUAAAAGGAAAUGAACUUAUCUGCUGUCAGAAAUUAUUUUUUAAAAAAAAAAUAAAACUCCAGAACAGUUUAAUGGACUUUUACUGUACGCAUGUUGGAAAUCUGUGGAAGAAUUUUCUUGAAAGUGAGUAGUUUUUUUCUCCACUUUAAAAUUGAGGGAUGAUGGGAGAAUUUUUUUCAAUCUUUUUUCCCCCAAUAUGGAGAGGCAUUCUUGAGUGUCUAACAAUGUUAAGGUCUUGUUUUAUAUUUUACUUUGCUGGAAGAACAAACAAUAGCCUUGUUAGUCAAUGUAACAUAUUGUCAAGAACAUAUUUAAAGAAUAAAUCUUUAUUGUGGUAUUACAGCUAAGCUCAUAGCUCCCUUUUAAAAUAAUUUCUUGCCAGUGAUUUCAUAUGUCUGUUGUGGAAAUCAUAGUGCCUUAAACUAGUUGCCUUAGUAACACUAUUCUGUAGCUGCUAAUAAAUGCUGCUAUCCAAAAUUCAUUUCAUCAUUGGUUUUAAAACCACUGUGCUUGACGAUAGAGAACAGUAGCAAAAGGAAAACAUGAAAAACGUAGCUUGCUCACAACUCUCACCUGGAGUGUGAAGUAUGUAUACACUAAAGUAAUAAACUGCUCUUUGCAUGUUUGCCUUUGAAUUAGAGAAACUGUAAUUGCAUUAAUUUGGCUGAGUGUACCUAUCUCUGUGUAUUAUUUAAUAUCAAAUACUGUAUAUUGACUUUUAAGUUCAAUACAUGAUUCCUAGCACAGUAUAAACUUCAUGAAGAGUUAUGUUUUUGUAUUAUGUGCAAAUAAAUAUUUCAAUUUAUGUUGUGACACUGUACCAUUAAUAAAAGAAUGUAAUUGAGAAAGUAACGAUGCUGCUUAUCACGGGUUUUCUGAUUGAUUGUAUUAUGUAUGAUGCAAAUAAUCUAAAAGAGGUGCUGCAGAGUUCUUUCCUUACAGUGUUUAAAUUUCUUUCAGUUUUGGGGAGUGGUGGGGAGGAGAAUUGUUGUUCUUGCUUACAAACUUGGUGCUACAUUAUUUAUGUUCUAGGUGUUCGGAGUUCUUUACUUGUAAGGCAAUAUGUGACUACCAAGUGAGGCAUAAAUGUCACUGGAAUUGUUGGAAUUCAAGCUAUAUAGGUAUUUCCACAGUUUCAAAUACUUCUUAAAUAAAGCCUGUGGUGCAGGCUUAAUUGACUGUUCCCUUCUGAAGUCUGUUACUGUUCUGAAAUGGAGUUUGUUGACAAUGUGAGAAUAAUAGUAUAAGAUUAAUUUUUUUUUCAAAUGCAUGUAGGUGAUACUGGGCUUUAUUGGAUAGCUGUGGCACUAAACUAUCUGAUGUUCUAAUAACCUAAAGAACUUGUGCUUAGCAGAUGUUAAAAUGCAGCAUGAUUUCACGUUCAGAAAAUCUAAAGGCACAAUGUGCACAGACAAAUAGUCUGCAGUAGUCUGCAAAUAGCCUGCAAUACAAAUUUCUUGUGUGGCUAGCUGUAUUUUGAAUUUGGAUCCUUCCUAGAAACCAAUAUGGAACCUAUAUUUAGUUGGUAUCCUUUUUACUUUAGGACAGAUUCCUAUGUAGACAACACAACAUUCUCGAAAUCCACUUGAAAAUGACAUCUAGCUUGCUAAAAAUUGAAAAUAAAUUAAAAAGUCCUGUUGUUUGGUUUGUUUUUUUUUUUCAAAUAUAUACCUA